UUUUAAUUAAGUCAUUUGUAAGUAACUGAAAAGAGAUGAGGGGUGGUUACAAAUAUCUUUAUCUAGUGGAAGCUGGCAGUCAAUACAUUAAGCCUCUAUAUUUAAAUAUAUCUAUAUACUAUAUACUAUAAAUGUAGUUUUUUUUCAACUCUCUUUAUUCCGAUAUGAUAUUAUGGAAGGUCUUCCCUUAAAUACAUCUCCCUGCUUAUUUCUUCCCUGUAGCGCCAUCACAUUCCCUAAGGGUAAACCAAUUUACAUUCUUGUUUUGCUCUUCAGAUCCAUGCCAGUUUCCAUGACAACAUAGUUUCACUUUCUCAUCCUCUCUGUCUCACUCUCUCUAUCUCCCUACUCUCUCUCUCUCCUGUUCUCUCAUUUCCCACCGCUCCUUUCUUAUGUUCUCUUGACCUUCCUCCAAUGUUUCAUUUUCUUUCUCUCCAAAUACCAGGGUCCAAAUUCCUCUUCUCUCUCUCUCUCAUUUCCUCACCUAACUGAGCUCAUUCCUCCGCUUGCCAUAUACCAGCAGAGAAUAAUGGACUCAGAUAAAACAUAUCUCAGGGGGGUAUGGCGAGAAAGAAUUCACAGCAUCUUUUUGCAUUUUUAUCAUAAUAUACACAUGCACCGUACUCUGUCUGUGGGCUAUUUUAUUCACUCUUAAAUAUCCCCAGGCCUGUCUGUUUGGCAGGAGUGAUGCCCAGAGCCUAAAAUUAUUGAAUCAAAACAAUGUGCAUCAGAGUAUCCUUUCCUUUGAUUAAACAAAUACACUUGCUUGGCAAUUAGUGUGCCUACGCAAUAGCAUAGAGGACUCAAAAUGAAGAAAGAGCAAUGAGAAAGACAAGAUGUCUCUAUGAAAUGAUCUUAUGUGUUUGCUUAUCUUUCAAGUUAGUUAUUUAAAUAAAAAAAAUGAUUUCAUCCUUAAUCCAGUCUGACCUUAUUCCCCUUAUGAUUUGGCAUAUAAUGACAGAAUAAUGUGCAGUGCACAUGUAUACCAAAUGGCAUAAUUAAAAUCUCAAGCUAUUUCAUUACUCAAUAAUUAAAAAUGUCUGAUGCCAACAGGUGUGAUGGCGCUUCUUCGACUGAUUAAUGCCAGUCUUUUCUGCCUUGUCUGGAAGGAGAAGGUCACGCAGAAGGCGGUUGGGCUCCCGCACGACUUUGACCACAUCUGUCAGCUCUCGCUCCACGUCUGCAGGUCAGAGAGUCGCAGCAGGUCACCUCUGCGGAUUGUGAUUAUUUUCACUGCUCCAUUCUGGCCCUUGUCCACUGCAGAUUUAUGUUUUAUUCCUCUCCUCACUAGUGUAAAUCACUGUUGUUCCCUCCUCAAGGAUUUGCUACCAGUGCUGCAGUGUCUUCUUCCCUACCAUUCAACUGGUUGUCUCAUGAAAAAAAAGAGAGAGAGUGAAAAAAAAAGAGUAGAAUUUCUUAUUCAUUCUUUCAGCACAAAAAAAAUUUGUAGGUGGCCUAGAAACCUACAUCCUAGGUUGAAGAAGCAACUGUCGCACUUUAAAAUGCUUGCAGCAGUGGAAACAUCUGGACAAGUUUAUAAGAUGUGCACUCCUCCUGAACAGCGUUCACUUGAUUAUGGAAAUAACUUCAGUAGGGCUAAGCAGUAGCCUGCCCCAGAAAGGUAUAGAUGUCUUUAGCUGCUUCAAGGUAUGGUCUACUGUAAGCAUUAGUGACUGUAUCAAUGGAAUUGCAGGACUAAAACACACAUUGUUCUGUCAGCCUUUCCCAGAUAAGAUUGCAUAAAACAUCACUUAAAACUCUCAUCUCUAGUUGCAAGAAAUGGCUUUAUCCCAAGUUCACUUGAGGGUAUGUUUUCAAGCCUACUUCUGCUACCCAUACCACCAGAGGGAGUAUUCAUCUGAAAAAACAGGACAGGUUUAACAGUGCAACAACUGUAUGCUCACUCUGACUUAACUUCAUAAUGGUUCCCCCGAACAUGAAGCGUGUGAGCUCAGUUUACAUGUUUCUGAUUUACUUCUGCUUUGAAUUUGAAGUCACACCUACAGCCCUCCUCUGCAGGAUGGUAGCCUAUUCAUCAGAAAUGUGAUCUGAGAGUCUGAGAUGGAAUGGGCUAUUUGCUGGAUCAGAUAAUCAGAAUAAAAUAAAAUAAAAUACGUACUAUCUGCUAUUUGAUAAUGUGAUCGAUUGAUUCUCCUAAGUUUAGGGAAAGGCAGCUAAGGUGCGUUUUGAGCCUGCAAGACUAAAUAUCAUUUCAGAGUGUUGACAUCAUCUGAAAAUAUUCUAAAUAUUUAUAUAAGAAUUCUGAAGAGAGGGAAAAAAUCCGACUCUCAGCCAGCACAGAAGUCCAGUAUGACAUAUCAGUAGAGUGACAUACGGAUGCCCGUGUGGCCACACUAAUUAUUGUCAGCGGCUGGGAGUGAUAUGGACUCGCAGAGAAAUGCAACGUCCUGCCCUUCUACAUCUUGAAUAGUGGGAGUCAUGAACCGCUGCAAGGUGACACGUCCUCUGAUUUCAACCGAAACUUCAACCUAGACACGCCGUGUUAUUUAUCACCAUCUUCAUCUCCGUCAAAACUGCACCAGCUCCUUUCUUAUCAAACAUCGGGAUCGGGACCAUCUUGCGCAGUGGUACGGCGAGCGGAGCAAGCGGUGGCGGCGGCCACUCCGGGGAAUGUCGACUGGCCGUCAGUCCUGACAUCGGCCUCUUCUGAUCUCAGACACCAGCCAAAUGGGGUUCAUGUGUGGUCAGUGAAGUGUCCUGGAGAGCAGCAUGGCAGUGUGUCAGCUGAACAUCUGGGUGAGAUGAGUGUUACCUGUAAGCAAUGUAAGCUCCACUGACAAACGGGCACAGCUAUUUUCCUUACCGGACCUCCACCCCAAUCACCAGCUAAUCAAAUGCACCAAGACAAUAAACUGGCCAAUCAUGGCAAGCAGGUCACCAGUGACAGCCGAUCCCAGAUACCAAGUGUAAACCAGCAGGCUCAGCAGCAGCAGGGAGCUGCUGGCCACCUGGGUUCAAAGGGCGUCGGUGCCGGGAGUCAUGGAGUCAAAACCAACCAGAUUUCCCCUGGCAACCCUGGGCUAAAGGCUGUCAGCCAAUCAGUGAGCAGUGUCGGAGGGAUGCUGAAAACCAAAUCCAAGCGGGAGCGAAGCGUCUCUAUUGACUCUGGUGAAUCAAGAAAUGCCAUUCCUCCAGUCCUGGAGACAGAUGCCAAAGGAGAGGGAGUUAUGCGCAGUAAGCGGCGCUGUGUUCUGGAGAAGAAACAGCCAUAUAGUGGAGAUGAAUGGUGUUCUGGACCUGACACGGAGGAAGAUGAAGACAAGCCACACGCUACGACCCAUCGGGAGCAUGGGCUGGCAGGUCCUAUCCAGGGGCUCCCUGAUCGCCUAUCUGCAGGGCCCAUGUCUGAAGCUGGGGGUCCUGUAAUGGGAUGUGGAAUGGGACCAGGGCUAAAGGCAGAGCCACCUCAGUCUUCACAGCAAGUGGUGUAUGUCUUCACAACCAGCCUAGCCAACAGUGCUGCAGAGGCAGUAAUGAAAGGACAGACCGAUUCCAUUCUUCUGUUUCACCAGCAAAAUGUUCCACGCACGAAGUUGGAGCAGGGCCACCCAUCAGGGAAGCUUCCUAACAUAUCUGAGAAGGUAAACUCCAGCAGCUCUCCACCCACAGGCACCCCUAAAUCCCAAAGUGGAACUCCACGGCCAGCCUCUGCAGGAGUUGGAGGCCCAUUGCAUCCUGCAGGGACGCCAUCAUCAGCAGGACACUCCGAUAAUGAAUCCUCUCAGACCAGAUCAGGUGGAGCCUCCAGCAAUAAUAGCAUUGUUGCCCAUAGAUCAGAAGGAGGGAGUACGGCCACAUCUGCGGGCCCAGUCCUAGGAACUGGAGAUGGAGAGGGUGCAGGGGGUAUGCCUCUACCUGUUGCUACUGUUUCUCCCUCAGAGAGUCCCUCCAUCCUGUCUGCACACCUACAGGGUGAUAUAGGUCAGAGGAGUGGCCCAGGAAACACAGAUGGUCUUUCCAAAGAGCAACUGGAACAUAGGGAGCGCUCUUUGCAGACGCUGAGAGACAUAGAGAGACUGCUUCUCCGCAGUGGGGCAAGUGGAGGCCCUGGAGAAACAGGAGUCUCCAACAACAGUGCUACUAAUAACUCCUCCAACCUGAAUAACAACAACAAUACUGAUAGGAGUGGUAUUCUUGAAGAGAAUGACAAUGGUACUAAUAAUUCUGGAAAUUGCAGUAGCAGUAAUAUGCUAUCGUCAGCCUUGGCACCGAUGGGAGGGAUGAAGAAAUAUGAAGAACCCCUUCAGUCAAUCAUUUCACAAACACAGUCCCUUGGUGGCCCUGCCCUUGACAGCCCUCAAAUGGACUCUCACCAUAACCUACCGCAACACCCCCAUCACCAGCUGUCUUCACCUGGGGUCGACAUGGGUCCCUUACUUGGACCAGAAGGGCUGACCCCAGAGCAAAUGGCAUGGAGGAAACUUCAAGAAGAAUACUACCAAGAGAAGAGACGACAACAGGAAAUGCAACCCCCUUCACAUACCCAGCACUUUAGAAUGGCAACUGAGAUGAGCAUACAUGGAGGUCCCAUGAUGAUGAGAGGACCACCUCCUCCCUAUCACAGCAAGCCUGGAGACCAGCAGUGGGGUCCUGGUAAUAUGAUGGGAGGAGGAAUGGGUGGAAAUGCACGAAUGAUAGACAUGCACCAAGAGGGACCCCGAGGCCCAAGGUUUCUGGGACACAUGCAAAGAGGGCCACCUGGGGGAGGGGGGUUUCCUUGUAGCCCAGGAGGAGUUUUAUCAGUGGAGGGUCUAGGACCCCAAAGGCCCACCAGGCCUGGGAUGAUUUGGCUAGAUGACAUAGGUGGUGGUGGUCCCUUUCAUGGCUGUUACCCUGGUGGACCUCAGCCCUUACAGGGUGACCCAGAGCAUCUGUUAAUACGUGAGGAAAUGUUUCGCAUGAUGGAGAAACGGCAGAUGCAGGGGCUUCCAAGGUUUGAGCUUGACAGAUUGGCGAAACAGCAGCAACAGGACAACAUGGGCACAAGAAUUAUGGAUAAUCCUGGGGGUCCAGACUUUGGAAAUUUGGGAAUGGGCCGGGGCCCACCCUCCACUCGAGGUGAUCCUAUGGACUUUCCUGGCUCACGGGAGAUCAUGGGCUCCCCUGGAGGGGGUCCUCAGAUGAGAGACUUGGUAGAUUCUCCUCUGGGGAGCAACCUCGCAAUGAACAUGAACCCACAGAUGAAUGUUCAGCAACAACAGCAGAUGAUGCUAUCUCAGAAGCUCAGAGCAGGUCCUGCUGGAGGGGGGCCUUUAGGUGAAAUGUUUACCCCCGGUGAGAUUUCGCGAAUCAGGGCUUCACAGAAUGGAAGGGGCGGAAAUAAAGGAAUGAUCCCCGGACCUGAUGGCCCCUUCCAGUUUCCCAAUCAAGGGCCCUUCUCUGGAGGACAGGUGGAAGGGCCAUAUCUUCAGCAACCAGGCCCUGCAAUGUUUGGGCCUGAUCAGCAAGGUCCUAAUCAAAUGGCAGGUACAUCGCGGCUCAGUCAUAUCCCGAUGACUGGAGGCCUCAGGGGAGCAGACCUUGGUCCUAGGCAUCCCUCUGACCUAUCAAUCAAUGUUAAUCCCCUGACCUCUCCUUCAGUGCCUCCUCCUCAUCCGCUCAAGUCACCAUCCCUCAACCAAGAGCCAUCUCCUCUUCUACCCUCACCCUCUGCUCCAGGACUGAAGUCACCCUCACAGAUCUCCUCUGCAGGGCAUCACCCCCCUCUUCCACCUGCAUCUGGUGCUGGUACUCCUUCCUCUUCUUCCAUGAAGUCUCCCCAGGUAAUGGGGUCUUCCAACCUUGGGUUGCACUCUCCGUCUGCCUCUCCUGGACGGCUGAAAUCCCCAGCCAUGGCUGUGGGUUCUCCUGGGUGGACAUCUCCUAAAACCGCUCUUCCAAGUCCAGGUGGUCCAACCAGUGGAAAAGUAGUGGGCAAUGGAGGAAGUAGUUCUACUGAGACAGGCCAAUCACUUCCCCCCAGGAGUUCCAACUCUACCCCUAUUAGCCAGCCAGGCUCUAUGAAUCCUAGUAUGCCAUUUACUUCCUCUCCCGAUGCCCCUCCAUCUCAGAAUCCUUUAUCCCUUAUCAUGUCACAGAUGUCCAAGUAUGCCAUGCCCAGUUCUACUCCUCUCUACCAUGAUGCAAUCAAAACAAUUGCCACUUCCGAUGAUGAGAUGCUGCCUGAUCGACCUCUUCUAUCUGGUGUUAGCAUUGGAGGAAACAUGGGGAACCCCCAGACCUCCCAGAUACUUGUCUCUCAAGGCUCCAUUGGUCCUCACAGCGAUCCACAAAGCCCCAUGGGUAUUGUAAGCCAAGGUCAGCAGCACCUGUCCCAUGAUGCCUCAGGACCUGUGCUCUCCUCCCCAAACCAAAUGGGCAUAUCUGCCAUGAAUUCUGCCAUGAUGGGGGGAGGUGCACCUGACGGAAUGGGGCCCUGCAAUGUAUCACCCAUAUCUCAGAACCAGAUGGCAGGUUUUCCUCGUAUGCAGCCACCAUCUCAUGGGCCCAUGCACUCACCUAUUGGGGGAAUGUCACAGAAUUUCUCUCAGUCUAAUGAGGAUAUUCUUCCACCCCAGCAGUUACACCUGCUUAACAAAGGUCAUCCUCACCAACGCCCCUCUCACCCAUCAGACUCAUUUGCCUCUCUGCCCAUGGGGGAAGGCCCGGAUCUAAGUGAAGUCAUACGACCCACUCACACAGGGAUCCCUGAAUUUGAUCUCUCCCGUAUCAUUCCUUCUGAUAAGCCCAGUAGCACUCUUCAGUAUUUCCCCAAGAGUGAGCCACAUCAGAAUCCACAUCAGGGGCCACCAUCCCAGCAACCUACUCCACAGCAGCUCCUCAAACAGCUAUCUUCCUCUGCCCCUCCUCACAGCAGUGGUCCUUCAUCCAACCCCCACUUAGCAAACCUACAGAAUAUGAUGGCUGAACAGCAGCUGCCACCACACCCGUCACACAGUGGGAUACGCCAAAGCAUGGGUAUUCCUCAGGGGGGCUCUAGGGGUAUGGUUUCAGGUGGGGGCAUGGGCCCCAUGUGCCCCCCUGGACAUAUAAUGGGAAGGACAGGCAUGGUUCCCCAACAGCAACUCCAGCAACAGCAAGCCAUGAUGGCCAACAGCCUUCUUCACCAUCCUUCCAAUCCAUACCCUGGCAUGAUGUCAUCUCAGCAGCACCCACACAAUCUGAUGGCACAGCAGAACAUUAUGAUGAUGCAGGCUAAACAGCGAAGCAUGUCAAUUCCAGGGGAUCCCUUUGGCCCCCAGGGACCUCUAAUGUCCCCUCAGGGUCCCAUGAUGGCCCCUCCCCACCCUCAGUCUGGUAUGAUGGGCCCCCAGUCUCUCAGACAGCGGGGAAUGUCUCUGGACAGUCCCAUUGGCUAUGGCCCUGGAGGUAUGGCCAAUAUGCCAUUCUGAUUCAACCCACAUGAACUGUACAAAAAAGUGUCCACUAGGUUACCUUCCCAUUGUGUCCAAAUUUUUUAAUUUAUGUUAUUCUUGCGGUUGUUUGAAAAGAAGAAUGUAAGAACAAUGUAUCAGUGAUAAUCUUCAAAUUUUGGAUUACAACUGAUUAAAAAAUUAAACAUUUAAAAGCACUGUAACAUGGUUCAAUAACAAAUCUGAAGCCAUUUUCUAAAAUACUGUAAAAUAUGUAUAUUUCAAAGAUGUGUGUAUUUGUUGUGGGAACAGAGUGGCAGACAGGAGAGGAGUGCCUCAAAUUUCUAUUUGUUUUAAUAUCAUUGAUUUAUUUUCUCCAACUACCAAACUGUUGUGCAAAGGAGUUAUAAUAUAUAAUAUAUACUUGCUGUAUAUAAGAUGCAAUUUGUGAUUGUUUGCAGUUGUUAUGUAUAACUGUGUUUUAAUAGAAGUCUAAAAAUAGAAUAAUACCGAUCUCUAAGGUGGUUUUAGUUUUGAUUAUUGUGUUGUCAAUUACUGUUGUUUGAUAACACUGACAAGGGGACAUGGUUGUUGUAUAAUAUAUGAAUCUUUAUUAAAUUCACUCAGCAGUUGCUAAAAUACAAGCAAAAACAGAUUUCAACCAACAAUAACAUUUUUUUCUUGACUGGGUAAAUAAAACAUCUUUAAAAUGCAAUCAAA